AUGGCGAAUCAGUCCCAGGCUCUGACCCCUCCUAUGCAGCUACUGUCCACCCUCCUCCUUUUACUAGCCACCUGCACCGCCGUAGUCGUGGCAGGAGGGAGACCUCCACCUCCGCCACCUCCGCCACCAAAACCCAUCCCACUCCGAUGGGGCGUCCUCGCGUUUCCCAAAUACGUCGGCCUCGACGCAUACGGGCCCAUUGAGAUGCUCAACAUUGUCAAGUUUCUCACUCCAAACAUGACUAUUGCCGUCAUCGCAGAGACAAUGGACCCAGUCCCGGCGCAUGUCGUCAACGACCUCGGGGGUCCAGCGACGUUGAUGCAGCCUACGCAUACCAUUUACGACAACGUGACACUAGACGUCCUCCUCAUCCCCGGUGGCCCAGGUAGUCGUAUCGCCUACAAUAACACCAACAUCAUCAACUAUGUCAAGAAUGUGUACCCCAAGCUGCAGUAUAUCGUCUCGGUCUGCACUGGCGCUCAGGUGCUCGCCAAAGCUGGUAUCCUUGACGGGAAGCGAGCGACCACGAACAAGUUUAGCUGGGCUGAGAUGGUCAGGAGUGGGCCGAACGUGAAAUGGCAACCAUGCGCUCGUUGGGUGACCGACGGCAAUAUCUGGACAAGCUCUGGUGUCGCUGCGGGCAUCGACUUGACUCAUGCGUUCAUUAAGAAGAUCUUCAGAAAUGAAACCCUCGCGGAUCGUGCGGCGAACAUUCUGGAGAUCGAGAUUCACAAAGAUCCUUCUUGGGAUCCGUUCUGCAAGGCGUAA